AUGUCGUGGACUCAAAGAGCUAAUCCUUAUGAUGCGUUUGCCCAAGAGGCCACUCAGACACCACUUGCAGUCGCCUUUCCACAAUGGAUGCUCAAUAUUUGGGAAAUAACCCAUGAUCAUCCUGAAGGCCGCUGGUACCUAGAGCCUAACGCUCGUUGUCUGCGACAAAAGGCAAGCUUGAGGAUCGUUUUCGCUCCUCUUGACCUUCCCCGUCGCGAUGCCCUCUCACAAUGCAUAGAGCUCUUUAACAUCCUUAACAUCCCCAGCGAAUUCACCAAAGAGCGUCUGCAAUCCGUCAGCCACAGCUUCGGUAGAGCCACCGACAAGAACGGCUCCAGCACCUGGUUUCACUUCCUCUGCAAGAACAUUGACGUGAAGCAAGCCCCUGGCAGCUCGCCAGAGGUCGACAACCGCGCCGCGACAAUGGGCUACCACGUCUCCAACCUCCCGCAGGCGGACUACAGCUGGCAUCGUGCUGGGUUCUUCCUCAGGGUUGAGAAUGGCGGGGGUACGACGCUAGUUUGCUUUGGGGCUUCGCCGAGGGUGAGGCUGAGGAUUAAUGAGUUUGUCGCUGCGAAGGCGUGGCAGCAUGUUGCGACAGAUCCGUACAUUUUGUUUGAUCUGGUUUUUGAUGCGCUGUACUUUGAGGUGGAUGACACUGUCUGGAAGAUGAACAGUGCUUUUGGUCCCUUGGAGCAUCUGAUCCUAGAGUAUUCCAACUCCAAGAACAUCCGCAAGAUGAGUUCAAAGAUUCCAUUCUCUGCCAUGCACAACUGCGCCAAGCACAUCAUUCAUAUUGCCGAAGCAAUAGAAUCGUGUAUCUUGCUUGUCGAUGGAACUCUCCACAACGUUGGCAACCAUCAACUCGUAGAGCAAGCUACACCUCGAGAGCCUGUUCUCAAACAACUGCGCGAAACUCUCCAGUACCGUCGCUCGCUCUUUGUGUCCAGCCAGCUCCGUCUCAACAGUCUCCAGAAGCGCAUCGACAAUGCCAUCACGCUGUCUUUCAACCUGGUCACGCAGCAGGACUCAAUGGUGAUGAUCCAGGACUCGAAUUCCAUGAAGGUCAUUGCAGCCAUCACAAUGAUCUUCCUGCCCACGACGGGUGUUGCUACCGUCGUUGGGUCGCAACUGUUUUCAUCAGAGGUUCACAAGGACGGAACGACGUGGGACGUCAAGCUCACGCCGUUAUUCUGGACUAUGUGGUGGAUUUCUAUCCCGCUGACUAUCUUCGUGGUGUUGCUGGCUAUGAUCUGGCAUUGGUGGGUGCAUACCGAGUCUCCCACGGGUGAGGUGGUAGAGGUGGUUAAGAGGGCGGCGACGUUUAGUUCAUCUGGAACAAGGACGCCUCCGAGUGACAAAUGA